UGAAAAGUGACAUUCCACAUAAAUGUAUGUGCAUACAUGGAUUUUGAUGUGUGACGUUUGAUUGCUCGACUUGAAAUAUGUUAUUUUGCUUUUCUACAGCCUGAUAUCGCGUGUUAUUAUCUAUUAUCUGAGGCCUCAUUUUAGGUUUUUUUCACUCCAAUCUUGUUUCGUUGUUUUGUAAAAUCCUGAAUUCACAAUGGAGAGCAUAUUUCAUGAGAAGCAAGAAGGAUACCUUUGUGCACAGCAUUGUCUCAAUGCUCUUCUGCAGGGUCCGUACUUUAACGCUGUAGAUCUUGCAAAUUUGGCAUGUCAGAUGGACGAGGAGGAACGUCUCAAAAUGGCUGAAUCAGGCAUUGACAGUGAGGAGUAUCAGUUGUUUCUGAGGCAACCAUCAGGAAACAUGGAUGACAGUGGGUAUUUUUCAGUGCAAGUCAUAAGCAGCGCUCUUGAAGUGUGGGGUCUUGAAUUAAUUCCUUAUAACAGCACUGAAGCAACAGCCCUAAUGGCCCAGAAAGACCCUUCAGACAUGAAAGCAUAUAUUUGUAACUACAAAGGCCACUGGUUCACUAUUAGAAAACUUGGAACACAAUGGUUCAACUUGAAUUCAAUGUUGAGCGGACCGCAACUUAUAUCGAACACAUAUUUGGCUAUGUACCUAGCACAGCUGAUGCAGGAGGGUUACUCAAUUUUCAUUGUUAUUGGUACUUUACCCGAAUGUUUGGCGGAGGAGGUAAUUAGGGAAAAUCCAAUAACAGCAACACCGAGAGUAAAAGCGAGCUCAAAUGAUUGUGUAGGAACUAGUGGUGUGGGAUAUCGUUUAGGCACAAAAGAGGAGGAGUACGAAGCUCAAAUUUUGAAAGCCGCUUUAGCCCUAGGAGAAGUUAAAGUACCAAAUUCAUGCAAUCGUCUAACUUCAACGUCGUCAAUGGCAACAGCAACCAGUAGAACAAGCCAUCAAAAUCAUUCAGAUAUUGCGUCAGAAACUGAAAAACCAAGAGAAAGAAUAAUACCAAUCAAAAUCAACGGACGCCAUCUACCUGCGUUAGAAGAGGAGGAAGAUGCAGACUUACAAAGAGCACUGAAGUUGAGCUUACUAGAUAAUAAUGGGGGUGUUGGUGAAUCUUCGAAUCUUAGAUUGGACCCCAGUAAUGAUAAGGCAGACAAAUAUUUACCUAAUUCCAAUGAGGAUACAGAUGAAGACGAGGAUUUGAGAAGGGCCUUGCAAUUGAGUCUAGAAUGCAUGACCACACCAUCCACUCCUGAUGCUGACGAAUUACGCUGGCGUCGAUUAGCCUUCUUAGGAAUAAAUAAAAGCGAUUCUACCCGGAAGUUGAAUACGUAAGAAUAAUUCUGUAAAUUUUUUUUUUUUUUUUUGCUUUUUUUAAAAUUAAUUCGUUAUCUAUGGAAAUUCAAUAUGUAAAGUAUAAUUAACUAAUGAACCAAGUGGAGUGAACUUGUCACCUUUUAUAACUAAUAAACUAAUAAAGCUAAUAAAGUUUAUUACGUUAUAGUUGAAUCGCGUUUUUUUAAUUUAUUUAUUCUAGAUUUUUUUAACAAUUCUAACUCAAACACGUUUAUCGUAAUAAUGAACAAUUCUGAAUAGACGCUUAAGGCGAAGCCUUGUGUGGAAAAUAAUGCCAGAAGGUGAUUCAUGCAAUUAGUUGAAUUCUAUAACAGGAAUACAUCUUCUGACAUUAAUACUAGGUG